CCGAGAUCGACCAGCAGCCACCCCGUCCCAACACACGCCAUGAUCGAAAACCUGUCCGAUCACCAGAAGCAAGUCCUCGGCGAGUUCCAGUCGCUCACCGGGAUUCAAGAUCCAAAUGAGGCGGCCACUCUCCUGGAAGGCAACAACUGGAGGAUCGAGGGUCUUCUCGACUUUUCGGAACCAAAUGACUCGCCUUCGGAAGCGAAUGCUCAAACAUCUUCACGAUCGUCCCCCCAGCGCGACCGAGGCCAAUGGUCGCUGUUCGGAGUGGUGACGGCUCCCAUCAAGUAUGGCUUCCAGCUGCUCUACUCGGUCACUGUGUUUAUCGUCUCCCUGUUCUCGUUCCUGCUCUCGUUCCUCUAUCCCGGAACUCCUGGGAGGCUAGGUUCGUCUCGGCGAGCCGCACCCAACAACAACGACCCACAGGCAGCCUCGGCCCGCUUCCUGCUCAACUUUGAGCAAAAGUACGGCUCGGUGCAUCCGCCGUUUUUCCAGGGAACGUACACCCAGGCACUCGAAACGGCCAAGCGGGAGCUGCGGUACCUGUUGGUCCUCUUGCAUUCCGAGGAACACGACGACACCGAGGCUUUCAACCGACAAGUACUCUCCUCUGAUGUCAUGACCGAGUUUCUCACCAGCCGGCGCUUUAUUUUCUGGGCCGGAGAUAUUCGCGAAUCCGAGGCAUUCCAAGUGAGCAACGUUCUAUCGGCCACGACAUAUCCAUUUCUGGCCCUGAUUGCGCUGCAAGGAACCCAAAUGGUUGUUGUGGAUCGAGUGGAGGGACUGACGACGUCGGACGAGAUCAUCCGUAUUCUGGAGCGACACCUGGGUCGGCUGGACGCCCAGCUGGCUGCCGCGCGGAUGGAAAGGGAGCGACGCGAGCAGUCCCGGUCGAUUCGUGCGCAUCAGGACUCUGCCUAUGAGGCAUCUCUGCGCGCUGACCGCGAAAAGGAGCAAAGAGCCAGAGAAGAGCGCGAGCGACAGCGCAGAGAACUGGAGGAACAGGAGCGCGAGGCAAGGCGGAAGCAGGAAAUGAUCGAGGAAAAGCGGCGCAGGAUCCAGACGCUCCGGGAAAACUUUCCUUCCGAGCCAGAGGGCAGCGGCAGAGAUGUCGCCAAGAUCAGCAUGCGCUUGCCCAAUGGCGAGCGUCUUAUCAGGCGCUUCCUUCCCACAGACAAGGUCCAGCUGCUCUACGACUUUGUAUCGAUCCAAAACCUGGAGCCCAUUCCCGAAGACAGCACCUUCAUUAUCGCCAGCACAUUCCCGCGACGGGUACUGGAGGACAUGGAUAUGACCCUGGCCGAGGCCCAGCUGACCCCCAACGGCAGCGUCGCUGUCGAGGAAAAGUAGAAGCCCAAGCAGCUGCCACAUGCGCCGUUCUUGGGCGAGCCGCACGAUCUGAGGGAUUGGAUUCAUGGUGGUUGGUUUGAAGGAGGAGAUCUCGCCCGAAACUACCCUCCUCCCCCUUACCGGACCAGGCAGCGAAAUGAACACACUACACUUUACUCGGGCGGAAAUGGGACACUUGCCCACAACCCAUAUGCCAGCAUAGUCUGUGAUGGCAUGCAUCCAACUAUGCCAUAAGAAAUACACCAGAUCGCUUUGGCCGCCUCCGAGUGAAGACCGCCGGUCGCUCUCCGGUCUCCACAA